ACUCACACACAGUUAGACGGUUAGAAGUUUUCAGCGGACACGCAGAGUCAAAGAUGUCGGAAGAAGCACCAGCGGCUCCACCGGCCAAAUCCACGCCGAAAAGGAAGCGGGUCCCACGCUCCAGGCCGCCCGGACCUUCACUGGCGAAGGUCAUCAUCACCGUGCUGACUGAGAGCAAUGACCGCAAAGGGAUGACGGUACCUGCGAUCAAGAAGGCCCUGGCUGCCAAGAACAUCGACGUGGAGAAGGCCAACAGACGCAUCAACAUGACACUGUGCAGGCUGACUAGUAAAGGGAUCCUGAAGCAGCUGAAGGGGACCGGAGCCUCCGGGUCCUUCAAGAUCGCUAAGGAGCCCAAGGCCGUCAAGCCGAAGAAGGCAGCUGCUGCGAAACCCAAAGGAGAGAAGAAAAAGAGGGAGAGAUCAGUUUCCGAGGCCCGUAAGGGGUCACCGACGAAGAGAAAAGCCAAGACACAGCAGGUGAAAGGUGGUGCCAGGAAGACCAGCAAGAAAAAGGAUGGUGCCAAGAAGGAGAAGACAGCUGUUGUGAAGAAACCUGCAAAGAAACCUGCAAAGAAAACUACUGCCAAGAAACCUGCAGCAAAGAAACCUGCUGCCAAGAAGGCCGGAGCAAAGAAGGCCGGAGCAAAGAAGGCUGCAGGAGGAAAGAGGGCUGCAGGAGGAAAGAGGGCUGCAGGAGGAAGGAAAUCUGCAGGAGGAAGGAAAUCUGCAGGAAAGAAGUAAAGUGGAUCUUUAACCCGCACUCAGUGCAACAAAAGGCUCUUUUAAGAGCCACCACAUGUUCUACAGAACUUUGUUCCUCUGUGGCAUCAUGAUAUCCACAAGUCUCACUCAGAGAGACCAUAAAUGCUUUUAAAUUAAUAAUGUCAGAAUGUUGUGAGACACUUUAUAAACACAUAUAUUCAUAUUAUUAUACUGUAUAAUAUAAUGUCUCCUCCUGCUGCUGUAUCAAAGUCCAUCCUCCUGUACUGUUCCACCUGCGUCUUCAACAUGUUAGCUGUUAAAAACAAGGCCAAACUCACAGCUUCCAGAAUAAUUGGUCUCCCCACACCAAACCUCACAGAUUUAACCAACAGGGCCAUAACACAUACUGCAUCAUCACACAUCCACUGAACACCCACCUCACACCUGGCUGAUCCCUGCUGUCAUGGCCGCCCUCAACAAAAGGCCUCGCUGAACAGACCAGAGUGUGGACUCUGUUUUGUUUGUCUGUUUCCAAAUGAGUGUCUUGUUCUGUUCUGCGGCAGACAUUGGGAAAUGGAGAUGGUGCUUUGGAAAAGAAUUUCCUCAACGGGACAAUAAAGUCCUGAGGUACUUUUCAAUAUUUGCUACAUUACAUUUAAACUCACUGCGUUUUGGAGAGAAAUUAAGUAAAUAUACCAUUAUCCUCUAACAGAGGAGAGAAAUAAUCAACUCCACAGAAUUUUGUAGAAUCCAGAUCCUCUUUAGAAAUAUGCUGUGCAUGACUUUUUCAAUCAACGUCUUACAUAAAGAUAUAUACAUAUAAAGACCUUCCUUAAGUAAACGGAUGACAUGAUGAAGUUCACAGAAAAUUACAUUUCUGGCUGUAAAACAAACAUCUGUGCAGAUAGAUAAAUAGACCAAAGAUUAAAGUUAAAAUUCAAAAAUAUUUUUAGCAAAAUUUUAAAUGACACGUAGAAUAAAGUGAUUAUGAUUAAAUAUCAGUAUUUUAAGUUUUAAUUUAUUGGUGUGUUUUAUUUUUUUGGACAGAAGCAUCUGUUUAAAUUCAGCAACAACAUCUGUUUGUCCAGUGCCUGUGAUUAAUGGUGUCAUUUGGGGGAUUUUUUAUUUAUUUAUUCCUUCCAAACCUGCAUGUUUUCUUUAAAAAUCGAUGGUAAGAUAAAUAUAAAAUACAACUGUUUAAAUGUGUAUGUCCCUCCCCUGAGCAAAACUAUAAAAACAUGAGUUCCUCCCAAGCACUUAAUUAAUAAUUAAUAAUAAUUACUAAUUUGCCCUCCCUUCCCCGCACUGUACCAACGCUGCCCCUCACAAGUAACGAACAGUCCCUCAUUGUCGGUUGUCUCGGAUGUUGUGUUUUUCUUUGUCAGUAAAAUAAGAUGCCUGACACCACAGAGUAUCGUCUGACUGAUCUAUGGGACUGAUCAGAUAUUUUAAUCAUAAGCAGUGAUGCAUUCACACUUCCUGUGUAGACAGGAAGUUAGAGUCACUAUAGUGUAGUGCUGCUGAAACACAGAAGGUCAAAACUACAAACACGUCUCUCCACAGACUGUAAAAGUGCAGAAGCUCUGUAUGAACAGGUUUGACUUUAACUGUCAGCUGCAGGUUGAGAUACCAUCCAACAACAAUGUACAACGUCUCAAAAAUCUUAGAGCAGAUUAUCACCUCAAAAGACGCUGGAAAAUAAAAAUAAAUAAAAUUAGGAUGACUUGUCUUGCCUGCAGCACUUUGACUCUUUUUCUUCAUAUUACUUUGUUGAUUAUUUCUACAGGCGUCACAAAUUAUAUAAGACAUACAGGCUGUUACUUAUACUCACUAUUAGUACUGAAAUAUAUUUAAAUGAUGAUUAAUUAAAACUGUGUAAAUCAGUGAGAGCUUUUUGAUUUUUUUAAAGACACAAACAGCAACCAUAUUAUUGUGACUGUUUCAUCAAAUUUAUUUGAUUAAAUUAUUUCUCUCUCUCUGACUCAUCUUCAUCUGCUACUAAAAUAAAAUUCAGCUCCAUGUAAAGUCCUCAGAAAUAUCUGUUUAUAUGAUUAGAAAAUAAUCUGACACAUGGAAGUUUUUAUUAUUUAAAAUGUAUGAUUUUUUAAAAAAAACAAUAUGUUUGUUUUAUGUUUUACAAUUUUUUGUAUUGUCUGUGUAUAUCGAUAUA